UUCGCUGAAAUCCCCUCUGCAGUGCUAGAUCCAUUUCUAUGCAUUCUCCAAGGAAACGCUUGUUUUUAUUAACUGCAACAUUGUAGUGUGUGAUUAUUAGUUUAAUCAUUAAACUCUCAUACAAGGUUGGCUCUUUUCGAUAUCGGUUGUUGAAAACUAUUGAUUUUUUCGAAAUUCAACUGUAUUUCAUAACGCGAGCUUUGGUACCACAGUUCUCAGACUUGUGGCGUCGAGUUACAUUAGGAACUAAAAAAUUGAGGAAGCCUAUGGGAAUUAAGAAAAUUCGACGAUUUUCAGAAAAUAGAAAGCGUAGGAGGACAGAUGGUAAUGGUGGACCACGGCCUUCCCUUGCAGUUCCUGAACCUGGGCGGUGAGAUGUUAUACAUCAUCGACCAGCGGCUCAGGGCCCAGGAGGUGCCGCCCGACCGCGCGGCCAAAGUGCGUAAUGAUAUCCUGAGCAUCAUGUUGAACCGUCGCUUCAUCGAGGAAGUGUUCAAACCCCAGCCGCUGUACAGCCGUGCCGCGCUGAGGGGCGUCUUCGAGAGACUGGCGCACGGGUCCAUCAUGCGGCUCAAUGCUGUCAGCAUGGACAAGUCAGACCAGGCCUUGGUGUUGUUCUUAAAGACAUACAUCGAUAUACCUGAAGGAGACCUGGCAGAGAUCCGACGCCUGCUGCUGGAGUUCGUCCAGGACCUGAACACGCGAGUGUCGAUCUUCCUGAGGGAGGGCAUCCAGACCGCCGAGGGGCGUUUCGUUCUUCCCGUGGCAGGCCCUGUUCCCCCAAACACCGAGAUGCCGGGGCUGAUCCGGUAUUUCGACAGCGCCGGGGAGCUGACCAGCACCUCAUACUUCCCACACGGUGGGGACUUCCAGCCCCCUGAGUCCCCUGGCAGCCUCGACCCUUCCCCUAGACCGCGCGGUACAAAUCUAGGAAUAAACCUGUACGCAAUCCGCGACGGUCUAGACAGCGAAGUGGACAGCAGCCCUGGCAGAGAAAAUGAGACUCCAGAGCCUUCCUACAUGAGGGAAGAAGGCCAGAGCGUGGAAUUAAAUCUACUUGCUCAGCUCCUGAAGCCGGCCUCUGCUCAAGCGACUUUCCGACUCAACCUCUUCUUGAAUGAAGACGAUGCUGCUGACGAUGGCGCUGACGACGAGCCAGACGAGGUGGUGCACGUCAAGCCUGACGCCUCACGAGCCCCUGAGCUGCAGCAGCUGCUCCAGCAGUUCAGCUUGGAGGAGAACCAGGACCAGGACAUGGACCUCCUCGAACUUCUCGACUCUACGAACUAAAGGAGAUUAAAUAACCUACACUCAGUUAUACU